CAAGACAAUGAAAAAGUGAGUAUACUCAAUAAAAAAUACUAAUUGUUAUCAUCAUUCUAAGACUGAUUUAUUUAAAUCGUAUAAAAUGUAAUUUGACUAUAAAUAUAUGUCGGCGGUAAUUAGAAUACUUAUUAUUAACGUAAUGUUUUAUAAAUUUCAUUCUAACUUAAUAUCAUACAAGUGCAAUCCUGUCCACUCGCAACCAUGCUGUAUGUUAAGGAGUACGUGUGAAAAAAAUAAUCUCAAAAAUUUAGAUACAUGCAAAAAACAAGUGUAUGUAGGAAUGUAUUGUGAACGAGAUGAGGAUUGUGAUGAAAUAUUGCAUUCAAAGUGUUCAAAUGGUAACAUAUGUAUCUGCAGGUCUAACAAUAUCGAAACUAACUUUACCAUAUGUGCACCGCUAUUGGGCGAAUAUUGUAUAAAAAAUGAGAAGUGUGCAUCUGAUAAUUCUAUUUGUAUUCAUAACGAAUGUCAAUGCAAGGCAAAUUAUUCACCUGUGUCUAAUAAUCAAUGCAAACCAAGUUAGCUUAUUUAUUAGAAAAUUGAUCAAGUAAUUAAAUAAAACUAAGUUUUAUAGAUUAUUAUGACGUUUUUUCACGUUUUAGAGAUACUAGGAAAAUAUUGCUCUGACGAUAGUCAAUGCAAAAUAGUUAAAUUUGCAAAGUGUUCGGCGUCUAAUGCAUGUAAUUGUACAAAUAACACUAUUGAAUUGAGUCCAACGUUUUGUGCACCACUUUUAGAUGGGUUUUGUGAGAGCGACGAUGAAUGCAUACGAAUGAAUGCUACUUGUUUUGAUAAUAAGUGUAAAUGCAAACCUGAUUUAGUUCCUGAUUCUAGUACUGGCUGUAGAAAAACUAAUUCACUGUUGUCGUGCCUACGUGAUACCGAUUGUAUUAAAUUUAUUAAUCAUUCCGUGUGUCAUUGGAAUAAGUGUCGGUGCGAUAUACUAUAUUUCCCGCUGAAUGAGACUGUAUGUGCACCAAUGUACAAUCAAUGUUGUUAGGAAUUUGAACCAUGUGUAAUUACCAACUCUCUUUGCAUUGAUAACAAGUGUCAGUGUAAGCAUAGUUAUGUAUACCACGAAUUCAACUGCUAUCCAACGUAUUUGGGAGAACCUUGUCUUAUCCAUAAAGAUUGUCAUAAAAUAAAAUUUGGAAUUUGUUCAAAAGAUAAAAAAUGCGUUUGUGAUGAUAAACAAACAGUUUAAUAAAACAUCGUGUGGGCCAAUUAUAGGUGAAUUUUGUUCAAAGGAUGACGAAUGUAAAAUUUCAAACUCACAAUGUAUUAAUAAUCGAUGCGAAUGUAGAGAUUUUUAUUCACCUUUAUACAAUAAGCAAUGUUUACCAACUGAGUUAGGAUGGAAUUGUGAAUAUGAUGACGAUUGUAGAAAUGUAUGUAAUGCAAGGUGUUCAGAGAGUAAAAAAUGUACUUGUCAACUGAAUCACGUUCCAUUGAAUAAUAGGACAUGUGCUCCAUUACUUGGUGAAUACUGUUGGAAUAAUGAACAAUGUGUAACGAACAAUUCUGUUUGUAUUGACCAUACAUGUCGAUGCAAUCACGAUUUCAUAGAAAAAUCAAACGAUGAAUGUAUUGAAGGUUGGUUCAAUCAAUAUUGUGACAGCGACAGCGAUUGCAAAAUAUUUAUAAAUUCCAAAUGCUCAAGAGAAUACAAAAAAUGUCGUUGUAAGCAUAAUUAUGUGAAGAUUGAUAAAAUAGCUUGUGCUCCGUUAUCAGGUGAAAUUUGUCACUACAUUGAUGAAUGUGGCUUGAAUAAUUCAAUCUGUAUUGAUAACCAAUGUUCAUGCCAACCUCACUUUGUUCAAGACUCUCAUGGUCAAUGCUUACCCCUCUUGUUAGGAUUUCCGUGUCAACGAGACACUGACUGUAAGAAAAUACGACAUGCGAAAUGUUCUAAAAAUAAGAAAUGCGAUUGCGAUUCAAAUUAUUUUGAAUUCAACAGAACAACAUGUGCAGCACUUAUAGGCGAGUAUUGUAUGGAAAAUAGAGAUUGUUAUCCCAUCCACAGUGUUUGUGACCGUGAAAUUUGCAGAUGCGCCGAUGGCUUUGUACGUCAAUCUAAUAACGUAUGUUUGUCAAGUUAUUUAGGAAUACUCUGUGAGAAUAAUGACGACUGUAGUGGUAUAAUGCAUUCUGUAUGCACGAAAAAUCACCAAUGUGCUUGUAAUGAAAAUUACAUUGCAUCAAAUGAGACAACGUGUGCACCUUUGUUAAAUGAACCAUGUUCGAACGACGGAGCAUGCGCAACAUUAAACGCAGUUUGCCUUUACAAUAAAUGUCAAUGCAAACAUAAUUACUUAUCUCAGUCCGAUAAUAAUUGCAUACCAGAGCAUUUGAAAGGAGAUUGUAUUUGUGACUUAGAUUGUAGCGCCAUAAAACAUGCAGAGUGUUCAAUGGGUAAAUAAUGUGUUUGCAUGGAAAAUUAUGUCUCAGUUAAUGAAACUACUUGUGAACCCAUAAAAUACGGUCACUGUCCUGCGAUAAACCCGUGCAAUGUAACAGGGGAUUUUUGCCGUAAAAAUUGCGAAUGUGGCGAUUUAGUGCGUAAAUAUUGUUCAGAAAAUCAAACAUGUACCUGCAACCCAAAUUACAUUGAAUUGAACGGUUCCUGUCAACCAAUUAUAGAUGGUUUUUGUACUAAAGAUAAAGAUUGCAUUCCAGAUAAUUCUUUUUGUUAUCUGCACACAUGUCAAUGCAAAGAUAACUCUAUAUCAAUAUCUAAUGAUCGAUGUGAGGCAAUUUCAUUGGGAAUGUCAUGUAAAUCGGAUGAAGAUUGUAAUCUUCUGAUAAACGCAAAAUGCUCGAAUGGUAAAACGUGUGUUUGUAAUGAAAAUAGUAUACCACUAAAUAAAUUUAUGUGCACAGUAAUCAUUGAAGGAUCUUGUUUGAACAAUGAUCAGUGUCAAAUUGAAAAUUCAAGUUGUAUAAAUAAUAUAUGUCAAUGCAAA